AUGGUCCAUCUCGUCGGGGAGCAACAAGACUAGUAGGUGAAUUCCGACCAGAGCAGCUCACCUUACCUGACCUGAAUACACAUGGCGUUGCCAUCUGCAGGUCCACAUGCAUGUUUACAUGCCGGACCAGGCGUUGGAUGAUUCGCUGGCCUACCUGCAACUCCCCCAGUUUCUGCAACGUAUCUCCUGUUCCUGCGACGCAACGUAUCUUCAGUUUUCAGGACUGACACUGGGAUUUGUUUAUGCUGCAAACUGAAGCGUGCAUGAACCUUUCUUGGAUUUGUUUAAUAUUGAUACUGCUGGAUGCUACAGUUAGUUGUAUGAUAUCUCAGUUACCACAUUCAUCCAUGCAUGUCAUGACUCAACAAGAUAGAAUUUUGCACCUGUCUUCUUCAUCCCUUCCUCCUCCGAUUCCAUGGGAGCACUUCUCCCUCUUCUCUGCAUCUGCUGCUUCACAUUACUUCUCCAAGGAGCAGACGCCGCGACGUUCACCAUCACCAACAGCUGCGGCUACACGGUGUGGCCAGGCAUCCUCUCCAACGCCGGGGUGGCGCCGCCGUCCACAACGGGCUUCGCGCUGGCCCCGGGGCAGUCGGCCGCGGUGACCGUGGCCGCGUCGUGGUCAGGCCGCAUCUGGGCACGCACGCUCUGCACCACGUCCACCUCCACGGGCGCCUUCGCGUGCGUCACCGCCGACUGCGGCACGGGCACCGUCGAGUGCUCCGGCCGCGGCGCCGCACCGCCGGCCACGCUGGCCGAGCUCACUCUCGCCGGCGGUGCCGGCGGGGACGACGACUUCUACGACGUGAGCCUUGUGGACGGGUUCAACGUGCCCAUGCUCGUCGCGCCGCGGGCGUCCCCGGCCGCCAGCGGGAGCGGGAGCUGCCGGCCCACGGGGUGCGCCGCCGACCUGAACGCGGCGUGCCCCGCGGAGCUGCGCGUCGCGGGCAACGGCUCGGGUGCGCCGGCGGUGGCGUGCAGGAGCGCGUGCGAGGCGUUCGCGGCGGCCGAGUACUGCUGCAGCGGCGCGUACGCGUCGCCGGCGACGUGCGCGCCCACGGCCUACUCCCGCUUCUUCAAGGCCGCGUGCCCGUCCGCCUACAGCUACGCGUACGACGACGCCACGUCCACCUUCACCUGCGCCGCGGCCGCCGGCGGCGGCGGCGGCUACGACGUCGUCUUCUGCCCCAACGCGUCCAGCCUAAAAUCCGGCGGGAAUCCCGAGGCGGCAGGCCUGCCGCCCUCAACGUUGGAGUUCUCUGGAGAUGCAGCAGGCAGCUUGACGACGACGAGGAACGCGGUGGCGGCGCUCCUGCAGACGGUCGUCGUCUUCUCGGCGAUGAUGCCGUGGCGAUGGUGGUGGUGAUCUGAUCCCAACAAUCAUCGCCUACGUACUGGCUAUGAUGGUUACCUUGCCAAUUGGCAUGCUUGGACGAGACAAUUUUUUUUUGUUUACUGCGGCAGGAAUUUUUUUUACUGUGACAGGAGUUGAACAGCUAGUUACUAGUUUUUUUUUUUUUGAAACUAGCUAGUUACUAGUUCGAUCAAAGAGUUUUUUUUUUUAGGAAAGUUCGAUCAAAGAGUUGAAAGGUGCGGUGUACACAUGUUGGUAUUUUAGUAGAUUGAGUCAAAUAUUUUUUUUGUUUGCUAAAUAUUACUAUUUGAAGCGAGGGGACCCUUUUUGUUAGGAAAAGAUCCCUCAUAUUUCAACAAGUUAGGCCUUGUUUAGUUGGUAAAAAUUUUGGAUUUUGGGUACUAUAGCACUUUCGUUUGUUUAUGGUAAAUAUUGUCCAAUCAUGGACUAAUUAGGGUUAAAAGAUUCAUCUCGCGAUU